AUGGACAAUGAGAAACAAGUUUCAGAUUCUAGAUAUGAAAAUAUCAUGGGUUUACUCACCAAGUUGGCCUCUCAAGCUGAAAAACAGCCCACUGUCCCUAUUUCUGCAUCUACUGUUCACUCGGGUACUGUUCACGGCGGCACUGUUCAUUCGCCUACUGUUUCGUCCGCGGGUACUGUUCACAGCGGCACUAUUCACUCAGCCACCUCAUCAGGUAUCACUCAAAACCCUCCUUUUAUUCCUAUUACCAAUCAUUUUACUACCCCUAUUCCCACCACUCUCACAUCACCAAACUUCACAAGGGCAUAUUCUACCAUCCCUAUAUUUUCCCCCACAAUUCCAGCCAGCACUCUACCACCCCACUCCACCCCUUUUCGCACUACUGCCCAAAGGUUAUUUCCCAACCCACAUUAUAUGGAUCCCCCAUACUAUACAGCUCCACCUCUUUUUACUACAUCUCAACCAUUCUCCAUUCCUCAAUUCCCUCAAUUAUCCUACCCCCAACAGCCCCAAAACCCUUCCUUUCCACCCUUUCGAACACCUAAACUAGAACUUGCUAUGUUUGAUGGGUCUAAUCCAUUGGAAUGGUCAUUCCAAGCUGAGAAAUUUUUCACAUUCUAUAACCUCCCUCCAGAAAAUCGUUUGUCUAUGAUGUCUUUUUAUAUGAAGGGCGAAACACUUGCUUGGUUUAAGUGGAUGCAUCAGAAUAAUGAAUUAUUGGAUUGGAUUUCUUUCACAAAGGCUUUAGAGCUGCGUUUUGGGCCGUCCACUUAUGCUAAUCACCAAGCUGAACUAUUCAAAUUGAAACAAACGCAUUUAGUGGUGGAAUACCAAGCCCAAUUUGAAAAUUUAGGAAACCAAGUGGUGGGGUUAUCUAGAGAUGCUAUCCUAAAUUGCUUUAUUUCAGGUUUAACACCAGAAAUUCAAAGUGAAAUUGCUAUCCAUAAACCAGUUUCCAUCUCUCAAGCCAUUGGGCUUGCCAAGCUUAUUGAGUCCAAAAUCCGCAAUACUAAACCCAAGUUCAACAAACCGUUUACCCCAACCAAAAGAAGGGCACAAGGCCUUUGUUUUAAUUGUGAUGAAAAGUUCAUUCCGGACCAUAAAUGCACAGCGGGUAAAUUUUUGUUGUUAGUUGAUGAUGAAGGAGGGGAAACUGAAGAUUUAAUGGUUAAUGAUGACACCCAUACCCUCAGUCAAGACAUUGAUGACACUUAUUUUAAACUUUCACCACAAGCUGCCAACGGUCACUUCUCACCCAAGACUUUAAAAUUUAAUGGCUCUAUCAAAGGACUUUCCGUGGCUGUCUUGAUCGAUACAGGUAGUACUCACAACAUUCUACAACCUCGCAUUGCACAGCAUCUCAAACUCCCUACCCAACAAAUUCCCAACUUUUCCGUUAUGGUGGGCAACGGAUCAAAACUGUCUUGCUCGGGUGUAUGCCCUAAGGUUCCCAUUAAGCUCCAACAUAACUCUUUUUCAAUCCCUUUUCACUUGCUACCUAUUGAGGGUGCGGAUGUUGUCCUAGGUAUGGAAUGGUUAAGGACUUUAGGCCCUCUUAUGGCAGAUUUCUCAAUUCCAAAAAUCUCUUUCACUCACAACAAUAACAACAUCACUAUCACAGGAGAUAACCAAACACUUAUCCAGCCAUCCUCAUACAAUAAUUUUUGCCACCUAAUUCAAAACGACUCUAUUGCUUCCAUCCACCUUUUACUUUAUCAGCCAUCUCAUGAACAAGAAUAUCACAACGAACCCAACUCUCCUAACAUUUUUGAGUCACUUCCCAAAAACCUACCUACCGAAAUCACACAACUCAUAACUUCUCAUUCAGCCAUUUUUACCCAACCAAAAGGGUUACCCCCCACAAGGCCCCAUGACCACCAUAUUCCAAUAUUACCCAACACUGCCCCAGUCAAUGUUAAACCUUACCGGUAUCCUCACUCUCAAAAGGACGCUAUGACUAGCAUAAUUCAAGAAAUGCUUCACGAAGGGAUUAUCAAACCUAGUAACAACCCAUAUUCUUCUCCCGUGCUAUCUCUAAAUGCGGUAACUGUUCGUGACCGUUUUCCCAUACCUACGAUAGAUGAACUCUUUGAUGAAUUGGGUUCAGCAACUAUAUUUUCUAAGAUUGACUUACGGUCUGGCUACCAUCAGAUUCGGGUUUCACCUAAGGACACUCACAAAAUAGCGUUCAGGACUUUUGAUGGACACUAUGAGUUUUUGUUGGUUUUAGAAUUGCUUUUAUCUAACCAAUUUUAUGCCAAGCUAUCCAAAUGUGUUUUUUGUGUUCCUAGUGUUGAUUACCUAGGUCAUAUUAUUUCAAGUGAUGGUGUAACCCCAUAUCCAGCAAAGAUAAAAGCUAUUCUAGAUUGGCCGAAGCCACGUUCACUCACGGCACUUAGGGGCUUUUUAGGUCUCGCCGAAUUUUAUCGAAGAUUCGUGCAUCAUUACGCCUCUCUCACCGCUCCUCUCACCGAUUUAUUACACAUGACUAAGCUGCAAUGGAAUACAGAAGCUGACUCAGCUUUUACAACUCUAAAAAGAAAAAUGACGGAAACCCCUGUUCUGGCUCUUCCAGAUUUUGCCAAACCCUUUGUGCUUGAAACUGAUGCGUCAGGAGUUGCAGUAGGAGCAAUUCUUUCCCAGGACAGCCAUCUGAUCACCUUCUUCAGCAAAAAGCUAUGUACCAGACUUCAGGCAUCGUCAGUUUAUGUGCGGGAAAUGUUUGCUAUCACAUAA